UGCCCGCGCAUCGGCGCGGCUGAUUACCCAAGGCGCACCAUGGACGAGACCCUCGUGUGCUCUGUGGAAGAGGCUCUGUGCGACGGUCUUGUCGCUGCGAAGAUUGACGGGGCCAUGGUCGACUACGUCGUCGAGCUCGUGCUGGCGGCCUGGGACGACGCCUACACGACCACGAUGGCCAAGCCACGCAAGAAGAAGGCGGUGCCGCUGGAGCCUGAUGCAGUGCGAGCGCAGUGUCUAGCCUCCGCUCUUGAAGAAACGCUCUUGGACGCACAGCCAACUCUGCAGCUGGACCCAGCCGCAGACAUUCGGUCGCUCAUCUCGGAUACCCAGGCGCUUCUGCACGAUGUGCUGUACCCACCGGCGCCGGCGCCAACGACGUCGCCGUUUGUCGUGGGUGGCACUUGCUUGGCCAUUCUGGAGGAAGACGACGAGUGGCACGAGGCAGAGAUCACGUCGGUUGAGGACUUGGUGGCACAACGUAUCCAAGUCAACUUUGUCGAGUUUGACAAGCGCCAGGACGUCCCCAUCUCGCUUAUCGUGCUGCCCGACGACAUUGCAGACAGCGAGGACGAUGUCGUGACCGGCUGCGAGCUUUGCGAGCGAGCCAUGAACCUCACGGCGCACCACCUCGUGCCACGGCAGUGCCACGCCAAGUUUCUCCAGCGUGGGUUCAGCCGUGAGUACCUCAACCGGACGAUUCUGAUUUGCCGGCAAUGCCACUCCAAGAUCCACGCAACAGAAGACAACAAGGUGCUCGCAAGCGAGUUUAACACGCUGGAGAAGCUCUUGGCGCACGAAGCGAUUGCACGCUACGUCCAGUACGCAAGGAAGCAAAAGACGCGCGUGCGUCCGCGGGGCCAGAAACAAGGCUGAGUUGCAGCAUAGACACUCCACCACACAACAAACUGGAUCCGAAAACGGAUCGCCGCCAAGCUGAACUAACCCGCAAUUUAAUACUUACACCUAGCCGCAACGCGACUGGCUACAGCGAUCAA